AAGUCUGCUGAUUGUCUAGACUUUGGACCGUCAAUUCUUGAUGUUUGUAAGAAUUCGGAUGAUGUUUAUCUAAGCCAUUAACGCCAGUGAAAGCCACACAGUUUUUUUUCUUUACGGUAAAAGUUUUAUGACGCAGGGAAAGAAAGUCCUAUGUAGAUCAGCAAACAAUGCACUCUUGAAGUACUUUUCGUUAAAUUUGCAUGGUUAAUAUGUGGAGAAAACUUUCGAGGGAACACCGCAUUUGUUAAUGUUCAAUAUUUUUAAAAGUACACCUUGUAACUUUAGAGAUUAGCCAUUUUGUUGCAGUGUCGACUCUUGUUUGAAAAGAUAUCCUUAAGAUUUCAAAAAGAAAAUUAAUUUGGUCGCUUUAAAAACCAAGUUUUUUCCUGUCUUGAUUACAAACUUAGCACCGUUUUGAAAAGCUUGAUUUCGAGAAGAAUUCGUUGAGAGUGUUUUACUAUGGCUCCAGGAGAGCCAUGCGAGAAUAACGGAAGGCGGACUGUCCUCAAACUCAAACUGACACAAUUGUUUUCAAGAGGAAAAUAGAGCUCGUUUGCGAGGCGACGGAUUCGCCGGAUGAAGGUUUCGAAUCGACUUGAAGAAGUUGCAACUAAGAAAAACAAGGAAGGUACGAUGAGCAAAAGAGUUAUGGCCAUCGCAUUCACACUUGCUUUAUGGUUUGCAGAAGUUCAGCUCUCAAGAAGUGGUGAAGAGAAGGACAGGGGCAACGGCGAGACGUGCCGCUUCCGAGGAGAGACGUUCAGCUGUUCGUUCAGUCUCGCUUGUUGGCUGAUCGGAGGCCGGUCGGAGGGCGGGUGCGAGUCUUCUUUUCCCUUCUCGUCCUGGCUUUUCGCGUGUUGCGUCCCACCGAAGGCACUGCGGGAUCCGCCUAAGAUCCAGAGGCGGAGGGACUCUGUCAACCGGCUAAACGGCCACAACUCAUUGCAGGUGGUAUGCGGCCGGCCGGCGAUGAUGCUGCAAAAAAGGAUCAUCGGCGGCUCGGAAGCCUAUUUCGGCGAGCUUCCGUGGCAGGCGCACCUGAGGAUCGCCGGGUACCAGUGCGGAGGCGUCCUGGUGUCCAAAUUUUUCGUACUUACAGCUGCACACUGCGUCCAUAGGGCGCAUUUACGUGAUAUACUGAUCUACCUUGGAGAACACGACACGCAAAACACCGGACUCAUUCCUGAACCGUAUCCGGAAGAAGUGCACAGGGUGGUGCAAAAAAUCGUCCACCCUAAUUUCCAGUUCAGGAGAUCUCAACCGGACAGAUUUGAUAUCGCCCUCGUAAAACUCGCACGUGGGGUCGUCUUCAGAGAAAACAUUCUGCCGAUCUGCCUUCCCAAAAAGGGGUCUUCCUUUAAAGGAAGGAUGGGUCUCGUGGCCGGCUGGGGAAAAACGGACACGAGCUACGGUAAAACAGGCACGAACGUCCUUAGAAAAGCGGUGGUCCCAAUUUUGAGCGAUGACGAAUGCUUGAUGUGGCACAGGCACAAGAAUAUAAGAGUGGAACUUCACAAGGAGAUGUUCUGCGCCGGGCACAGCGACGGACACAUGGACGCUUGUUUGGGUGAUUCUGGAGGUCCAUUGAUCGUCCAGGAGAACGGCCGAUGGGUCCUGGCCGGCAUCACAUCCGCGGGGUUCGGCUGCGCCAUCGACCACCAACCGGGCAUAUACCACAAAGUGGAAUACACAGCCGAAUGGGUCACGAAAAUCAUACAUCCGCCAUGACCCUCGUGGACGUGGCCCUCGACCUAACGGGCCACACCAAAACGAAUUCCUCAUGGAGGUUUUUUUCCAGGCUGCGGCACCUCAAAUCGGACGUUUCUUAAUAAUUGACCUGAUGUGCAACGCACUCUCGCCGAAACGAUUAUAAACAUUUUCUUUUUAUCAUCAAUAGAUGUGCGGAAAACUUUUUUGGGUCCGCCUAAUCUCGCCAUCUCUGCAACGAUAAGAAUUUGGCUAGAUAAAAACGAAGAAGUGUGAGUGAGACUAGCAACCUCGGUCGAUAUGCUGACAUAAAAUCUACCAACCCAAAUUUCAAAGUCGGGCUUUAAAUCCAUUAGUAUUUACUGUUCUAAUUUUAAAUGUUAGAUUUUUAAUUUCAUCUGGGGUGCAAUUAAAAAAGUACAAAUUACUAGA